UUUCACUGAAGUCAGCAUCCAUCAAGUGUGGUUUCAGAGACUGAAGUUCUCAGCAUGACAGAAUCUGGUGAAUGUGUAGAUUCUUCACUUGAGAGAGUUCGUAUAUUGCGAAGCAUUUCCUCAACAGAGCAAAAAUUGAACUAUUAUGACACCAUGGCAACAACAUAUGAGAAGAUGGUACCAGAUCUAGAUAUUUCGCUGGUAGACUACAAAGCACCCAAUAUGGCUGCAAAGACUUUGGAUACUGUGUUUCCUAAAGAUCGACAGAAUGUAUUAGUCCUUGAUGUUGCUUGUGGAACAGGACUGGUCGUUGAGAAGCCCAGAACUCUACUCACACAGAGAUGGCCUCAUACCUCAAUAUCCAUUGAUCCAACAGUCAUAAACUACAGGCAAAGUACAGAUGGCAGUGAAGGAAUGCUGAGAGUAGCGGAAUCCAAAGGCCUGUAUCAAAGUCUGCAACACCAUCUGAUCCUUCCGAAUGUGCAGCUUCCUCUAACUUCAGAUACCUAUGACCUAGUGAUAGUUGCUGGUGCCCUGUCCAAUGGGCAUUUGUCUCCCUAUGUACUUCCAGAACUGCUGAGAGUUGCCAAGCCAGAAGCGUAUCUCUGUUUGACAGCAAAUGACGACAAGGGGAACAACUACACGCAGGAGCUGCUGGUUUACAUGGAAGAACUGGAGAAUAAGGGGCUAUGGACCAAGGUUGUUAUGCAAAAGGUCGACCAAUGGCAAAAGAGAGCACCGAAUAAUGAAGGGAGUUUAGUGUACAUCCCUGGAAUUGUGGUCAUUUAUAGAAAACUUAGUCAAUGAUUUUGAUAAUAAUCUAUGAGUUGUACUUUGUGUGCAAUGGUGUUAUUUGCAUAUUGACCACACACAGCAAGAUAAAACCUCAUUAAUCACAAGAUCACAAGACAAGAGAGCAGAAGGAGGCCAUUCGGGCCAUCGAAUCUGCUCCAAGGAAAAGGGAAAAAGAAAAAGAAAUGAGAAACUGGGGGGGGUGGGCAGAUGAAAAAAAAACACACUAUUCUAACCCCAAUUUCUGGCCUUAUCCCCAUAUCCCUCGAUACCCCGACUAUUUAGAUAUAUGUCUAUCUCUUCCUUAAACACCUCCAAUGAUCUGGCCUCCACUGCUGUACCUGGCAAGGAAUUCCACAAAUUCACCACCCUCUGGCUAAAGAAAUUUCUCCUCAUCUCUGUUUUAAACCUGUACCCUCUAAUUCUAAGAUUGUGCCCUCUGGUCCUGGACUCACCUACCAAGGGAAACAGCCUAGCCAUAUCUACUCUUCCAGUCCUUUCAACAUUUUAAAUGUCUCUGUGAGGUCCCCUCUCAUUCUUCUGUACUCCAGUAGGUACAACCCAAGAGCCAACAAAUGCUCAUCAUAUGUAAGCCCUUUCAUUCCGGGAAUCAUCCUCGUAAAUCUCCUCUGAACCCCCUCCAACAUCAGCACAUCUUUCCUAAGAUAUGGGGCCCAAAACUGUGCACAAUACUAGAGAAACAAGGGACUGCAGAUACUGGAAUCUAGAUGAAAAUCACUGUGAUGGUGGAGGAACUCAGCAGACUAGGCAGCAUCUGUGGAGAAAAGCAGGCCAUCGCUGCCCCUGCCAUAGGUAGAUGCUGCACCUAUGGCAGGGACAGUGGAAAGUCCCCGGGAUGGGAGCAGGAUGGGUGAGAAAGGAGGAGUGAACUAGGGAGGAGCAGAGAGAGUGGUCCCUGUGAAAGGCAGAAAGGGGUGGGGAGGGGAAGUAUCUACCUAUCACCACCUUGUGCCUGCCCAGCCUCCCCUCUUUUGAGCACCUAUCACUGCUCUGCUUUCCCCUCCUAUUAUAUUGAGCUUCCCCUUUUCCUAUCUUCAGUCCUGAAGAAGGGUCCUGACCCAAAACAUUGACUGCCUGCUUUUCUCCACAGAUACUGCCUGGCCUGUUGAGUUCCUCCAGCAUCAUAGUGUUUUUCAUCUAAAACUUCAUUAAAUCCAAUCUAUUAAUGUUGUGCCAAUUACUCUUGUGUGAGGUUCCUGCAAAAAGUCCCUGAAGUUUCACUUACCUCUAGCAACAAAUGAGUUCUUCUUUCCAGGGCAUUAUAGCCAGAAUGAUCUCAUCAUGUACAGCCUGAAUACAGAAUAAACCCUCUAAAUACAGGCUGUACCUGUGAGGAGGUGUAGGAUUAAUAAACUAUAACUGUAUUGAUAUCUUAAGACGGAUGAGAAUUAUGCCUGCUCGAAAUACUGAUUUAAAAAGUGUCCUUCAGGCCAGAACAGCCACACCACUGCUUACCUGGGCUGGGUGCUGUGUGGUAAUUGCUGUGUCUGGAACUUAAUUGGAUUCCCAUUAUGCUUGACUAUGGAGAUGAUGGUCACUCUUAAUGGGAAAUGGGAAGGCUGUCUCAAACAAUGAAGGUGAUACCUACCUUUGUCUCACCCGAUUGCAAAACGAUUAGCUGAACCUGUGGUGUGAAGCUGCUCUUUGUCCAUCUGCAGUAGCCCUUUGUCCGUUUCCUGCUCAACCAAGA